UCUUCCGGUCCGCCGGAUUAUGAAUGUCGGUCGGCGCGGCGGUUUCUCAGGCGUGCUGUCUGUUGUUUCUCUCCUAGUCUCCUUGGCAGUGAGUUGUUUACUGGCUAAGACUCCAGAAGCCGCCUCGGAAUCCCGGCUCGGGCCGGACGGGAAGGCGCAGGGGGCUCGUGUCGCCGACACGCUCACGCACCCUCCCUGCCUGGCCGCGCCUCUGCGACCAGAUGAUUCCCUGAUUCUCCAGAGAAAAGAUGACACACUUCCCUUAUGGCUAAGGUUACAGUUGCCAAGAGAGGCUGCUCCCAGUUAAUAUUCAGAGACCUCCAUGAAAUGAAGGAGCAAACAAUGUGAAUAUCUUGAAGAAGAGCAUUCUAGGCAGAGGGAACUGUGACCCAAUGAAAGAAGAAAAUGAAAGGCAUUAAGAAAAGCCUUACAGAGGAAUAUCUAUACCUGGACUUUUCUCACCAAAAAGAAGGAUGCAUCUUUCCACUUCAUACAUCUGUAACUUUAUUUUUGUUGUCUUACUGUGACUGUAAAAUCUUCAAAGUUUGCUUAGUUCUCACCAGAGAAAGUACAGAUAUUCCACUACUUAAAAAUAUACUGUCCCAGGAUGUUGAAAUACAGAUUAUUUCAAGGCAGGAGCUUCCACCGAUAGUCCAGAGUUGCUGUUUACCUGCAAUAGUAGAAAGACCAGAAGAUUUCUGUAGAGCGGGACUAGCUGUUGUACUGAGAUACAUCAUCCAGAAAUCAUAUGAAGCAGAUCCCUCAAAGAAGGAAAUUUUGGAACUUCUGGGCUUUAAGAAGACUUGCUUGAAAGCCUGUGCUGAAGUUAGUCAGUGGACCAGGCUAUGUGAAUUCACCAUCCCUUUAGCUAUUGAGAAUUUUCUCAAAGAAUCUGCUGACCAGCACCCAACUAUCCCUGAAGAAAUACUACAGCUAGAGAAAAAGCUUAGUGAGCCUGUUAGAGUGCAUAAUGAUGACAAACUCCGUCGGCAGAAGCUGAAGCAACAGAAGGCUCCCGGAGCUGGGCCUUCCCUUGUUAAGGGCAAAAUGCAGAGCAAGGUCGAUAGACAGAAAAUGUCUGAAGGGUUGGACUCUUCAUCCAAGAGCCUGGAACUGAAAGUAGCAUUCUCAAAGCUCAUGGUACAGGAAGAACCAGCUACUACCACCAACAGGGAGGCUUCUCACAUCAGAAAAGCGAAGGCUUCUGACCUCCCACCUCUGGAGCAUGUUUUUGCAGAAGGCCUUUACUUCACUUUGGCAGAUAUCGUGCUACUACCCUGUAUCCAUCAUUUUUUGUUAAUUAUCUGCAAGAAACUUUCUGAAAAGCUGGUGGAAUUUCCACUGCUUUCUGCUUGGUACCAGAGGAUUCAGGAAGUGCCAAGAGUGAAAACAGCAGCUUCUCAGUGUGGGAUCCACUUUCUCCAUUUACCAGCGUUGCUGACCUCCUCAAAUGAACAGCAUUCAAACUUAAAUGAGGCCACAGGUGUAGAGGAACAAAACGAUCCUUCAUUUGUAGGAGGACCGAGACCCACUAUGACCAAGUUAAUGGAAAAAGGCAUUGAAGUGAUGUUUUCUCCCCACCCUUGCCCUACUUGGACCCUUGAUUGGAACAGUCUUCCUGCAGCAGUGAGCCCAAAGGAAGGUAAAAUGCCGUAUGAUCGAGCUUUGAGGAAGCAGCAACAGUUAAACAACCUUGUGUAUGUGGUGACAAAUCAGGCCAAACCUGGUGACAGAAUUGUGGAUUUCUGCAGUGGUGGGGGCCAUGUUGGGAUUGUGCUUGCUCACAUGCUGCCUGCAUGCCAGGUUACAUUAAUAGAAAACAAGGAAUUAUCAUUAAUUCGUGCUAAGAAGAGAAGUGAUGAACUAGGCCUAAGCAACAUUUGGUUCAUUCAAGCAAAUAUGGAAUAUUUUACAGGGAUGUUUAAUAUUGGGGUGGCGUUGCAUGCCUGUGGAGUGGCAACGGACAUGGUGAUUGAGCACUGCAUCAAAACACGGGCUUCCUUUGUCACAUGCCCUUGCUGUUAUGGUUUCAUUCAGAACACCUCAAAGUUUAAUUUUCCAAAAAGUGAACAAUUUAAGAAAACUUUAUCAUACAAGGAACACAUGAUUCUGUGCAGAUUUGCAGAUCAGACAGCUGUCCAGCUUCCACCCCAACGAAGGCUCAUAGGAAAACAGUGCAUGUGCCUGGUGGAUCUGGACCGAGCAAGAGCUGCAGAAGAACGUGGCUACUCUGUUCAAGUGAUAUCCAUGGAGCCAGAGAGCUGCUCUCCCAAAAAUAACAUGAUCGUGGGAGUCCCCAUUUAGAACAAGAUAUUCACAUUUGAUGUUUUGCCAUCCGUCUUCAUGAUGAAAGCUCAGUGGCAUUCAGGAGGUUCUUGGCAUGACGACAGAGCAGCAUUAGCCAUCUUGAACCUAUUGUGCUCAGGAAGGAAAGCAGCAGGAAAAUCUUUGAAGAAAGGCUGCCUGCAAAGCAUCACAAAUGCUCUUAUAAUGUGCGAUUAAAAGACCACUGGUUUUCAUAGUGAGAGCCUCCUGAAGUCUCAGCUGCCAGCAGAAUAAUAGUCACUAAUGGAGGUUCCAUCACUGGAAUAACAAUUUCCUUCUCAGUUCACAGCUUUUCUGAUCUGGCCAAUGUGAUGUUCAAUUCAAAACAAUGUACUUGCAGCUUUUAUAAUCAUUUAGAUAUUCAAGUACAGACUAAAAGUAGACUCAGUGGGAUUUGUUUGUUUUUUAUAUAUCGAACAAUUAUACUUUUUCUAUGUGUGUAUGUAUGCUCUGUGUGUGUGUGUGUGUGUGUGUGUGUGUAUUUUAAAUCUAGUCAGGUAAUUACAGUAUGGUUAAAUUUUUCAGCUGGGCGAGUUAGACUUGCAUAUCAUUUCAUAUACUUAAAUAUACUUUCCAUAAAUUAUCCAAUGAGCUCAUUUCUGGUUCAAAUAUUUUAUAUGAAGACAUUGUAGAAUAAUUGCAGUAAAUUUCCCAUUAUGGCAACAUGUAAUUUGGACAUAAAUUCUAAAUAAUUAGUAAAUAUGUUGAUUAAUUAAAUCAAGUCUAUAAAUAUAAUUAAAAUUAUUGAGGAUCCAUUAUUUUCAGGACCCUGGCCUAGCUUCUUUUAAGGAUACAAAGAUGAAUUGCAAGAGAUAGAAUUCUUUGCCUGUGAAAGUAAAUCAGCUAAGUGAGAAAGAUUAAUGAAUUAGUUAAGUUCUUUCUAUCAUAAUAUAAUAUAUAGUCACAGGAUUUGUUUUUCAGAUAUCAAUGAUAUUUUUAUUUUUUACUUUUUUGGUAAAAUGUAUUGAGUGUAAAUUAGAGGUGAGAGGAGUGUGGAAUAUAAAAGCUUAUUUGAAUAACUAUCUACCUAAUCCUUAUUCCACCAGCCAAAGUUUUUAAAGAUAGAUGGCAUGUCCUUCCUAACAUGCUACUAAUUAAUUUUUAUAUGUCCUAUGUUAUUCCAUUUGAGAUGAGAUUUAUUUUAUCAAUUUUGAUGUUUUCAAUCCUGUGUGACACAGAUCAUCAGGAGAAAGAAUUUUAAUAAAUAGCUCAUCAUCAUAGAUUAAAAUAUAGGAAUAUUUAUGAAAGAAGGGGUUUGAACUCUUAUUUUCUGGGAUAAUAUUUGAGAAAAGAAUUAAUCAUCAGUGCUGAGCAUUUUAGUCAUUUGAACCUAUAAACAAACCAUGCUUUUUUAUUCUGGGCUUUCUUUUUUUAAUCGAGGUAUAAUUUACAGAUGAUAAAAUAAUAGAUAUUAAAUGUUCAGUUUGAGAAGCUUUGACAACUGUAUAUGCCCAUACAGUCACUACCAGAAAUAAGUAAUAGAAUAUUUCCAUCAGCCUAGAAAGUUCUCUGAUGUCUCUUUCAGUUCAAUAACCCCCACCCCACAGGCAACCACUCUCUGAUUUCCAUCAUCCUAUGUUUGUUUUGCCCAUUUUGAUCCUUUAAAUAAAUCAAGUAAUUUAGUAAGUAGUCUUUUGUGUCUGGCUUCUUUUGCUCACCAGUAUUUUUUGAGAAAUAGUUAUAUUGUUAUAUGUAUCAAUAGUUUCUUCUUUUUCCUACAAAGUAUUCCAUUAUAUAAAUACAUCAAAAUGUGUUUAUCCAUUCUCCUACCAAUAUUUAUUUGAAUUGUUUUCACUUUGAGGAUAUUAUGCAUAAAGCCUAUGAAUAUUCUUGUACAGUCUUUUUGUGGACAUAUGUUUUCAUUUCUCUUGAAUAAAUAUCUAGUAGAAUUGCUGAAUCAUUGAAUAAGUGUAUGUCAGUUGCCAAACAAUUUUCCAAAUUUGUUGUACCAUUUUAUAUCCCCAGCAGCAACAUAUGAAAAUUCCAGUUCUCCUUGCUUUCACCAACAUUUGCUAUUGUCUGUCUUUUUUUAUUUUAACUAUUCUGGUGAGUGUGAAAUGGUGUCUCAUUGUGGUUUUAAUUUUCAUGUCUCAGAUGACUAGUAAUGUUAAGCAUCAUUUAUAAAGUGUCUGUUCAAGUCUUUUGCUCAUUUUUUAAAUUAGGUCAAUUGGAGCUUUUUAUUGUUGAUUUUUGAGUUAUUUAUAUAUUCAAGAUGAGUCCUUUUGCAAAUAUAUGUAUUGAGAAUAUUUUUCCCAGUCUGUGGCUUACCUAUUUUCAUAAUGAAUGUUUUAAUUUUCAUAAAGCCUAACAUACCUUUUUAUUCUUAAUAUUUUGUGUCCUUUCUAAUAAAUCUUUACCCUAAGGUUA